AGCUUUUGAAAGUUUUAUUAUUCGAGGAAACAAUUGGAAUUUCCCGAAUGUACUACUUCUUCAUUUAUAUGCGGAACCACAUUACAGAUUUCAUGCCACAUCUUUUCAAUGUGUUGUGUUUAAUGUUUUCCAUCUAUAAUAAAUAUGAAACUGAUAUUCAUAUAUCUGUUGGCGGGUUUCUUCUUUUUGGAAAUUCUUGCUGGACAUGACAUUGGUAAAUGUCUGCCAGCUCAGGAUGGUCAGUCGUACCAAGUAACUUGUGGAUCAGGCAAUCAUGAAUAUCCAACAAAAUGGACAAUCAAACUGCCAAAGGAAAAUAUACAGCUUAUCAAUGAGAGUUGGGCGGGAAGAAUUAGCAUUACCGCACUUAACGAAACAGGAGAGAGCAGAUUUGAGCUCAGCAACGUGACAGUCCAGGAUCAUGGAGCAGAAAUCGGCUGCCUGACCAGAGAUGAAGCUGGAGUAGAGACUGUGUCCACGUGCGUGUUACAAGUUUACCACAAACCGGAUGUCUAUGUCUGCAAUGUCAACAAGACGGGAGACAACGUCGUCUUUAUGAAAUGCUCGACCCCCAAAGUGUUUCCGGAUUUGAACUGCAGCUUUGCGCAGUUUGAAUCAGGGACACGACGUGUGGACAUUAUAGCAGCCGAGAAUAUCCAUUAUGUGACGGAGAAAGCAGAGGAGGGGUACUACCGGUCGUCUUGUUCGACAACGAUCACUUCUAUGGAACCCGGAAUCUAUGAGUUUUUCCCUGUUCUCCAAGCUAGCAACUCGAAGCCGGUUAAAAGCUCCGCAGUUCCAGCCAAACCGUUAACCCCUGUCGCCAUCUUAAGCAGUCCUCGACAACUUUACAUUUACCGUGACUUUCUUCAUCCUAAUUCAGAAGAUUGCCCUGUUCAAAGUCCUAAUCAUCUGUUCAUCUGCGAGGCACGUGGCUUUACCGGCCAGACGACUCUCGAGCUAAUCAUUGGUGAAACGCCUGCUUUGCCCUUAACUUCAAUAGUCACAGGAACUACGGAUGGAAAUAUAUACCGGACCAUCUUCAAGCCAGAUCCGUCUAAAGCCGCCGACCUCCACAGCCAUAUCACUUGCUUUGCCAAGACGUCUGAGCAGCUGACCUCGAAACAAGGCAAAGUUGAAGAGCUCGAGGAAGCCCACAGCAGCCACGCGAUGUUCUUCAGCUCCGAUGCUGAAAACAAACUAACAUGCCACGGGCAAAAUCUGUCAAGCGGUGCCACGAUCCAGGUAACGUGCUUCAAAGAUAAUGUCAUAAUGUUCACUUCUAACUCCCAUGGAGAAAACGCCGAAGUCAAUCUGCACAUCGGGUUCCACAAAGUCACUUGCGUAUGCCUCAGCAAGGACGAGAAGCAGUGCUUCCAGCACAAAACGUUAUUCCAAGUCUCUGAAACCACGCAGAGCGACAGUAAAAAAACUUCUGAAAACUUUAUUAUUGUACUUACAUGUCUAAUCUUCGUUUUUAUCUUACUGAUCACUGCCAUACUUUUUUAUUUAACUUAUAGACUGAAAUGUAAAGCUAAAGGGAAACAGAUACAAAGUAUUUAUAGCGACUAUAAGCAGGUACCAAGCGAUUUGGUCAAUGGUAAGAUCGUAUAAAAUGUGGACGCUAAAAGCAAAAAAGAGUUUGGGUUGGGUUGUGCAAUGACAUCUGCCACUUCAUUACUGCAGCGUCUACGAUCUGCUAAUGAGACACUGCAGACGCUGUUCAAAAGGUCAUCGAGACCUAUUAGAAACGCAAGUUGGUGUGUCAUUGUGCUGAGGGUGCCAUAGAUUUCAAAUGUCGUACAAAUCCAAGACAUUAUAUAAACUUGCUUGUGGACUACGUCGUGUCAGAUGUGAUGCAAUGCAAUGUUCAAAAAGUAAAGAAUCAAAUUUUCAUUUUGUGAAAGUAAACUAAAACCAAAAAAAAACAGAUUAGGGAACAGCAUGAAUUAAAUUAGCUUUUGUUUCUCUGGACGCUGGUUAUCAACAAACAUCGCAGCUACAUUCUUUUUAAACCUGGAGAUUUCUUUACAUACAAAUUUUACAUUGACCACGAAAAUAAGGUGAACAAGAAGAUUUUGAUUGAGAGAGAGAGAGAGAGGACGAGAAAGUCCAAGCAAAUGAGCGCAUAGAGAUUUCAAGAGGCUUCAAGAGAUUUCAAGAGGCUGCAUAAAUGCGAGAGGAGGAGAUAUAAAAGACAGCAGUUUGAGCGAAAACGGAAUAUUAAAGUUCCAAAAUUUAAAUGUUUGUGCAAUAUAUAGUGGAGCUUCUCAACGCCUUAUAUGCGUAACAGUAUUUUAAGUACAGGUGUGUGUAUUUGACAGUGUGUUCUAUCAGUUGCUGUUUGGUGAGUGAGUGAAAGAAAAAGACAGUGCGAAGACAUUUCUUUUAGACGUGCAUGUAACGAUAUCAAUAACAUAUGAAAUAUGAUUACCUACAAUAUAUACUCUUUAAAAAUGUGGCAAGAUUAACAACAAAAAGAUAAAGUCUUGUGAAGAGCAGGGUUCAAGGACAUCCUCGCUGUUAUCAGUAGUAAACGCCUUGGCUGUCUUGGGAAUAUUCAAAGAAUGCCACAAGGUCGAACCCCACAGGAUAAUUUGUAUGGUGAUCUAAUGGAAGGAGAGCUGCAGGACAUCCAGUUCCAAUGUAUAGUAAUGUAUGCAAGCUCAACAUGAAGCUUUUCAGAAUUGACUCCAACAAUUGGGAGAAAGAACUACUGGAUAUAUCUACAAGGAGAGCAAGCGUAAAGGAAAGAGGCUGGUGAUUACAGAUGAUCAACCGGAGUUGUUUAUUAGAGAUUUGCCUCUUUAGUCACAUGAGAAGUUGCAAAGGGGAAAAAAUUGUCCUAAAAUAUUAUCUUUGCCAAAAUGUUGUACGUAAAUUCUGAAAAAUAAUUUUAGCUGGUGGGAAUAAGAGAAAUACUUUUAACUUAUAGACUGAAUAUACGUUCGUAUAGACAAUUCCUUGAAGCUUAGAACUAAAUCAAAAUAGAUCAUCUGUAUUUCGUGUGGGCUAACGAUUUUGUGUAAUCAAGCAUAUUGUGUUUAUGGUCGCGCCCCCCGCCCAAUCCUUUUAUUCCUCCUUCUAUUUGCCCCAUAGACAACUAAAUUUGAGUUUUUAGAAGUUUUAUGGCCUAUAAAGGCAUCUGUGACAUAAGAAGGGUUAUCUAUUACCAAGAUGGCAGUCUCUGGCAUUGGCAUUCCUUACUACUGUCUUCCCGUUACUUUUAUCUGUCUUCAGCCCACAGAAGAGUUGGAUGAUUUCAUGUUAUGACCGUACAGUUGAUUAGAUCUAGCAAAUUUGAGUUCAGCCAAACACAAGUAUAGAAAUGUUGUUAAGGUCACAUGGUUGGUUUUAUAAAUAAGAUAUGUUUCUUCAGAGAUUUGUUAGUCUGACUGUAGUCUAUCACUCAUUUACUAUAUUAUACAUGACAGCUUAUUCAAGGAAGCCUAGAAAGUGAGCUAGUAUUUUGUGAAGAAUGAAAUGUUUUUACUUAGGGAGGAUAGGGUUAAAUGAGAAUAACGUUGGGAAUAUUGAAAAAAAAACAGGGAAUACGCCUAACACCGUCUAUGUGCAACCGUGUGUAUUUGUAUAGAGUAUGUAUGGCAUAUAGUUUUUCUAUAUAAAUGUGAAGUUAUAAAAUAACUGUUUUAUAUAAAUUUUUAAAGGAAAGACA